AUGGACGACGAAGGACUUGCAGACCACUACCAGGUCUUGGAAGAGCUGGGUCGUAAGUUGAUUGUGGUACCAAGUCUCGCCAUGGAUGCUAACAAUCCUUUCACAGGUGGGAGCUUUGGUGUCGUGUACAAAGGCAUCGAGAAGACAACCGGAGAAACUGUCGCCAUCAAGCAUAUUGACCUCGAGUCCAACGAUGACGAUAUUCAAGAUAUUCAGGCCGAAAUUGCGGUACUAAGCACAUGCGCCAGUCCGUACGUUACACAGUACAAGGGUUGCUUUCUACGAGGGCACAAGCUAUGGAUUGUCAUGGAGUACCUUGGAGGCGGAUCCUGCUUGGAUCUAGUAAGCAUUCCCCUUACAGACUCGCUACAUUUAUCAACUGACACGACGACGCAGCUCAAACCCGCCAACUUCAGCGAAACACAUAUUGCCAUCAUUUGCCGGGAACUGCUGCUGGGCAUUCAGUACCUACACGAUGAAGGAAAGAUUCAUAGAGAUAUCAAGGCUGCCAAUGUCCUACUCUCAGAGAGCGGCAAGGUCAAGCUAGCAGACUUUGGCGUUGCUGCGCAACUCACCAAUAUCAAGUCACAGCGCAACACCUUUGUCGGGACGCCCUUCUGGAUGGCACCCGAGGUCAUUCAACAAGACGGCUACAGCUUCAAGGCAGACAUUUGGUCACUUGGUAUCACAGCAAUGGAGAUGGCCAAUGGCGAGCCCCCACUGUGCCACAUCCACCCCAUGAAGGUCCUCUUUCAUAUUCCCAAGAACUCGCCACCCAAGCUUGAGGGCAACUUCAGCAGAGACUUCAAGGACUUUGUCGCUCAGUGCCUAACCAAAGAUUACGACCGCCGGCCAACCGCCCGCGAACUUCUCCGUCACCGAUUCAUCAGGGGCGCCGGCAAGAUUGAGGCUCUUCAAGAAUUAGUUGCCGCGCGCCAGAUGUGGGACGCCAACCAAAAUCGCCAGAAGCACCAGAUAUACUACCAAGAAACGUUGCGGACCAUGUCACCCAAGAGUGGAGAUCAGGAGUGGACUUUUGACACGGUCAAAUCUAUUGCUAUUGCUCCUCCCAAGAGACAGACAAUCAAGGUCAGACGGACUUCCGCUAUGCUCGGCGCCGAAGAGGGUUUCCGCAAGUUGGACCUCAACGACGGUCCUCUGGGUCCCUCUUCGCCCGCGCCUGGUACUGUCCGAAAGUCGACUGUUCGUCGAGCCCCCUCGCUUGCACAGGUCUCGGCAAUGCACGCUGGUGGUUCUGUCAAGGGCAGUCUGCCUCCAAAGAAGCCUCUCCAGCCGGACAUGUCGUUUGGAAACUCGGGGUCGACCAUGAGACUGUUCCGUCGCGUUCCAUCAGAUAGCUCAACUGGGGGCCAGCUCGGUCGCCCUGUUUCGCCAGACGACGUCUUCUGCGACGAAAACCAAUCGCUUUCAGCAGCUGCUCCAGUUGUGCCGUUUGGAAAGGAAGCCGUCAUUGGUCGCCGAUUGUAUACGAAGGCUGUUGAGCCCACCAUUGCUGAACUUCACGCUCAAACAUCUGCCAUGCAGAAACGUGAAGCUCUGGGCAAGGUCUCCGAUGCCCUGGCGGCCCUUGAUGCUAUCGAUCCGGGGGGUGUCUACCAUCUCAUGGCAAACCUCAUUACCUCCAUGGCCAAAGACAACAAGCUCGACGCCGCGUUCCUACGCCAGGCGAACGUCAAGGUGACGCUCGACGAUGGUACCCCCCAAGGUACGGUGGUGAUUAAGAAUAGCACACCGGCCAGCCAUGGCACCACCAACACAGCCUGCAGUCCCACCAAGCUUAUCCUGAGCUCCAACAACCCCCACCUCAAAAGCCACCGGCGCCGCCAGGCCGACUCCCCCACUCCUUCUCAGCUCAGCGAGAAGAGCUCCGAGAAGGAGAGAUCUAUGAUUGAGGAGAAGUACCCUGGCGGUGAGGCGGGCCCGGGUAUGGAGCACUGCAAGCAGCUUGCUGAUAUCUUAUACAACCGUUGGUCUGACGGCCUCCGCAUCCGGUGGCCGCAAGUAUAA